AUGACUUCCCUUUUUUCAUGUUCUUGUGCUGUCACAGCUGGACAGCUGGCCGGUAACUCAUCGGUGGAGAUGUAUCGGCAAGUGCUUUUGUCAGGCUGCCGCUGUGUGGAGCUGGACUGCUGGAAAGGGCGGACAGCUGAAGAAGAGCCGGUCAUUACACACGGAUUCACUAUGACAACUGAAAUAUCCUUCAAGGAAGUAAUAGAAGCUAUUGCUGAAUGUGCGUUUAAGACAUCGCCCUUUCCGAUCCUCCUUUCCUUUGAAAAUCAUGUGGAUUCCCCUAAACAACAGGCAAAAAUGGCAGAGUACUGCAGAUUAAUAUUUGGAGAUGCAUUACUUAUGGAUCCAUUGGAAAAAUACCCGCUUGAACCUGGGGUUCCUCUUCCAAGCCCUAUGGAUUUAAUGUACAAAAUUCUGGUGAAGAAUAAAAAGAAGUCGCAUAAGUCUGCAGAUGGAAGUGCAAAAAAGAAGCUCUCAGAGCAAGCUUCCAACACAUGCAGCGAUACAUCUAGUAUGUUUGAACCUUCUUCCCCUGGAGCAGGAGAAGCAGAGAUUGAAAGUGACGAUGAUGAUGACUACGAUGAUGACUGUAAAAAGUCGUCGAUGGAUGAAGGUACUGCUGGAAGCGAGGCCAUGGCCACAGAAGAGAUGUCUAACCUGGUGAACUACAUUCAGCCUGUGAAGUUUGAGUCAUUUGAAGUAUCAAAAAAACGCAACAAAAGUUUUGAAAUGUCUUCCUUUGUGGAAACCAAAGGGCUUGAGCAACUUACGAAGUCUCCCGUGGAAUUUGUGGAAUACAACAAAAUGCAGCUAAGCCGAAUUUACCCAAAGGGAACACGUGUAGAUUCUUCAAACUACAUGCCACAAGUCUUUUGGAAUGCUGGCUGCCAAAUGGUUGCUCUUAACUUCCAAACUGUAGAUUUGUCUAUGCAAAUAAACAUGGGAAUGUACGAGUACAAUGGCAAAAGCGGAUACAGGCUAAAGCCAGAAUUCAUGCGAAGACCAGACAAACACUUUGAUCCAUUUACUGAAAGUAUAGUGGAUGGAAUAGUAGCGAACACCCUGUCUGUCAAGAUAAUUUCAGGCCAGUUUCUUUCUGAUAAAAAAGUCGGUACCUACGUAGAAGUUGACAUGUUUGGCCUGCCUGUGGAUACAAGAAGAAAAGCUUUGAAGACCAAGACCUCUCAAGGCAAUGCAGUUAAUCCUGUCUGGGAAGAGGAAACCAUAGUGUUUAAGAAGGUCGUUUUACCUUCCCUGGCAUGUUUGAGGCUAGCAGUGUAUGAAGAAGGAGGGAAAUUUAUUGGUCAUCGGAUAUUACCAGUCUCAGCAAUUCGACCAGGCUAUCACUACAUCUGUUUGAGGAACGAGAGGAACCAACCUUUGACACUGCCAGCUCUCUUUGUGUACAUAGAGGUCAAAGACUACGUACCUGAUACUUAUGCGGAUGUGAUCGAGGCCUUAUCCAAUCCAAUCAGAUAUGUAAACUUGAUGGAGCAGAGAGCUAAGCAACUGGCCGCACUGACUCUGGAAGAUGAAGAAGAGGUAAAGAAAGAGAUUGACCAUGGAGAUGCACCAUCUGAAGCUAACAAUGAACCUAGGCCAACACCAGCAGAAAAUGGAGUAAAUUACACUGCCUCUCUUACACCGAAACCAGCAACUCAGGUUGUCCAUAGCCAACCAGCACCAGGUUCGGUGAAAGCACCUGCAAAGACAGAAGAUCUUAUUCAGAGUGUCCUCACAGAAGUGGAAGCACAGACUAUUGAGGAGCUAAAGCAACAGAAGUCUUUUGUUAAGCUUCAGAAGAAGCAUUACAAGGAAAUGAAGGACCUUGUAAAGAGGCACCACAAGAAAACCACUGACCUUAUCAAAGAGCACACUGCAAAGUAUAAUGAAAUCCAAAAUGACUACCUGCGACGAAGAGCCGUUUUAGAAAAAACAGCAAAAAGAGACAGUAAGAAAAGAUCUGAAACGAGCAGCCCAGACCACAGUUCUUCAACUAUUGAACAGGAAUUAGCUGCGCUCGACUCUGAAAUGACCCAGAAGCUAGUCGAGCUGAAGGAGAAGCAACAGCAGCAGCUGCUAAAUCUCCGACAGGAGCAAUAUUACAGUGAAAAGUACCAGAAACGAGAGCACAUUAAGCUGCUUAUUCAGAAGUUGACAGAUGUAGCAGAGGAGUGUCAGAACAGCCAGCUAAAGAAACUGAAAGAAACGUGUGAAAAAGAAAAGAAAGAAUUGAAGAAAAAAAUGGACAAGAAGAGGCAGGAGAAGAUCACAGAAGCAAAAUCCAAGGAUAAAAAUCAAAUGGAAGAAGAGAAGACCGAAAUGAUUCGAUCAUAUAUCCAAGAGGUGGUGCAGUACAUAAAACGGCUAGAAGAUGCUCAGAGUAAAAGACAGGAGAAACUUGUAGAAAAACACAAGGAGAUUCGUCAGCAAAUACUGGAUGAAAAGCCUAAGUUGCAGGUGGAACUUGACCAGGAAUAUCAAGACAAAUUCAAAAGACUGCCUUUGGAAAUUCUGGAGUUCGUACAGGAAGCCAUGAAAGGGAAAAUCAGUGAAGAUGGAGACCACAGUUCUGCCCCCUCUUCCCUGGCAUCUGACAGUGGAAAAUCAAAUCAUAAACCUCUGCAAAGUGAAGAGGAAUUGGAAGAAGAUAAUCCAGAAAAAGUGUUUGAUACUACUUUUUAA